UUCAUAAUUGAAUUUAUUUAUUAUUCACCUUUUUCUCCACCACCUCCAAAGCUCCUACCUUUACCAUUUCUUUUCCUCUCUCUUGUUGCCACCAUUUCUCUCGCCGUGCCCCGCGUCAAUCGAUCGAGAUUUGUUGAUGCAAUUGGUAUUUGUGUAUUUCUGCAUGCCAUUUGUAGGAAUAUUUGGGCGUUUGAGUCAGAUUGAAGCUGAAAUUUCAUUCUUCUCGUUCCUUUUUCCUUUUCUUUCCCUGCGGAUUUGAGCUGUUCCUUUUCUAAUCCGAUCGCUGGUGUUGAUUUAUGCUUCUUUGAUCGUGGUUUGGCUUCGAUCAAUCGUGGUCUGCUCGAUUGUCCAGAAGGUUGAUUUUUGUUGGCGGAUUUGAUUUAUCGGGGGAAAAAAACAGAAAUGGCUCGAGAAAGCUGUAACCUUGACAAAGACGAAGCGGAGAUCUUCAAGUCCGCCUCUUCCUCUCCCUCUGCUUCGCCGCCGCCGCAGCCUCCAACGUCACCUCCUUCCCCACCUCCGGCUUCCGUGCUCCCUAAAUCUUGCGAGGAAUCCCCUAUUCACAGAUCGGAAUCGCCGGCCCUCAAAAUAACAGUCGCGGCUUCUUCCGCGCCGAAGCUUGAUGAGGAGUCGUCGAAGUCGGGCGAGGAAUCCCAUUCACCUGUUAGAUUCAGUAACCGGUGCUCUACCUGCCACAAAAAGGUCGGUCUCACCGGAUUCCGGUGCCGUUGCGGCGAUCUCUUUUGCGGCCGCCACCGCUACUCCGACGCCCAUGACUGCUCUUUCGAUUACAAGACCGCUGGGAGGGAGGAAAUCGCCAGGGCCAACCCCGUGAUCAAGGCUGCCAAGAUCAUCAAGAUCUGAAGUGUAUCGUGUGUUUGGUGAUAAAGAGGGUCGAAAGGUAGCAUGGACAUGGCUGCAAAGUGGGCUCGAGCAAUUAAAGAAGGCUUCUCUGAGAGGCCUCAGCACUUGAUAGGACUCUGCAAGUGGGCUCAGUGCUUCUUACAAGAUGAGAAAUGUAACUUUGAUCUACUUUUACAUUUGGGUAUUGUGCUUGUUUUUCAAUUGAUCUGCUUCCAUUGGCAUUA